GCCAGCCCCGCCGUGAUGCCCGCGCGCCCCGGACGCCUCCUCCCGCCGCUGCCCCGGCCGCUGGCCCUGGCCGCGCUGCCGCUGCUCCUGCUGCUGGGCGAUGGCGGCGGGGGCGGCCGCGGGGGCGCCUGGGCCCAGGAGCCGGGGGCGGCGGCGGCGGACGGGCCCUCGGCGGCCGACGGCGGGGACGGGCAGGACCCGCACGCCAAGCACCUGUACACGGCCGACAUGUUCACGCACGGGAUUCAGAGCGCCGCGCACUUCGUCAUGUUCUUCGCGCCCUGGUGCGGACACUGCCAGCGACUGCAGCCUACCUGGAACGACCUGGGAGACAAGUACAACAGCAUGGAGGAUGCCAAGGUCUAUGUGGCCAAAGUGGACUGCACAGCCGACUCCGACGUGUGCUCUGCGCAGGGGGUUCGAGGAUACCCCACCUUGAAGUUUUUCAAGCCUGGCCAAGAAGCUGUGAAGUACCAGGGGCCUCGGGACUUCCAGGCGCUGGAAAACUGGAUGCUGCAGACGCUGAACGAGGAGCCUGCGAUAUCAGAGCCUGAAGCAGAGCCCCCCAGAGCCCCUGAGCACAAGCAGGGACUGUAUGAGCUCUCAGCGAGCAACUUUGAGCUGCACGUCGCACAAGGCGACCACUUUAUCAAGUUCUUCGCUCCGUGGUGCGGUCACUGCAAAGCUCUGGCUCCGACCUGGGAGCAGCUCGCUCUGGGCCUUGAACAUUCUGAGGCUGUCAAGAUUGGCAAGGUUGAUUGUACCCAGCACUAUGAACUCUGUUCGGGAAACCAGGUUCGCGGCUAUCCUACUCUUCUGUGGUUCCGAGGUGGGCAGAAGAUUGACCAGUACAAAGGAAAGCGGGAUCUGGAGUCGCUGAGAGAGUACGUGGAUUCACAGCUGCAGAGCACAGAGCCAGAGGCCCCGGACACCGUCGAGCCUUCGGAGGCCCCGGCGCCGGCCACUGAGCCCGUGGCCCAGGGCACCGUGUUGGCACUCACAGAAAAGAACUUCGAGGACACCAUUGCAGAAGGAAUAACCUUCAUCAAGUUUUAUGCUCCAUGGUGUGGUCAUUGUAAGAAUCUGGCUCCGACGUGGGAGGAACUCUCCAGAAAAGAAUUCCCUGGUUUGGCAGAGGUCAAGAUCGCGGAGGUGGACUGCACUGCAGAGCGGAAUGUUUGCAGCAAGUACUCGGUACGAGGCUAUCCCACGUUGUUGCUCUUCCGCGGAGGGCGGAGAGUCAGCGAGCACAGCGGCGGCAGGGACCUCGACUCGCUGCACCGCUUCGUCCUCCGUCAGGCCAGGGACGAGCUGUAGGGCCCACUGGCCCGUCGCCCGGCCUCCCGCGCCCCGGCUGUUGGAGCUGAAUCAUGCUGGUGUUGUGGACUCCCACCUGGUGGUUUUUCAGAGAGCUGAAUGUACUAAACUUGCGGUAUCUUC